AUGGACACACCUCCAUAAAAUAAUUAUAAACAUAAUGUUGAUGAUAAUUUCAGACAUGAUCUAUGCUAAAGAAUCCAAACAAAAACUGGAAGUAAAUACUUGAUAUAUUAUUAGAAAUGCCUCAAAAUCAGAAUUAAUAGGCAAAGUAAUUUUCAGAAAAGGAUCAACUCUAAAAGAUAUAGAAUGAAUUGAGGGCACAAUUAAAGUUCAUUGAUGAAACUAAUUGGAUGUUUGAGGGAUUGAACAACGCAAAUGAUAAUUUUUGA